UCUUGGAGAGAGUUUGGUGCCGGUUCAGUUCUGCCCUCAUGUGGGUAACGUAACCAGCGCCACCGAGGUUACUCAUUAACCUCGGCUUGUUUCUCCUUCUGGGACACGGACGAGGACGGCACCGUGUCCACGGCAUGGUGGACAUUAAAAGCCGUCACACUGUUUUAUCAUGGGCGACUUCACGGAGCGGACCCACGCGGCGCGCGGGGAGCGGGACGGCUUCGUCGCCGUAGCGUUCGACAAAAACCACACGCACGACCUGGACGAGGACGCAGCAGAGACAGCUCACCUACGGUGGUCGCCUGAAGAUGCUGUGGAGGAGGAGGACAAAGACAGCGACAGUUCAGCGCCUCAGAGCGGGGCGGAAGCGCUGUGCCUGCCCGCGUGCGGCAGGAAGAAGAAGCCCGCAUCCUGCGCGCGGACACCAGGCUCAGAGACACCAAAGCAUUGUCCAGGCCUCGGUUUGUUUUAUGCCUUUGUAGCAACAGUUUUCUUCUCCAUCGUUUCUCUCAUGGUGAAAACCAUUGAUGGCCUCAGUCCCAUAUUGAUCAGCGCCAUGCGCUGCUUCUUCCAGAUGUUUUUCGUUAUGCCGCUUCUCAUCUACCACAAGAUCGGUUUCCUUGGACCCCCAGAUAAACGGGUGUAUCUUGUGCUUCGAGGAUUUUUUGGUUCCAACGCCAUGAUCAUGCUCUUCUACGCCGUCCAUCAGAUGUCGUUAGCCGACGCCACAGUCAUUAUGUUCAGUAAUCCGGUGUUUACCUCUCUGCUGGCCUGCAUCUUCCUGAAAGAGAGAUGUACUAUCUGGGAUUGUAUUUUUACCAUUUUUACUCUCACCGGAGUCAUCCUCAUCGCACGUCCACCCUUCCUCUUUGGCGAGAGUCUCUAUGGGAUUGAGGGCGACUACAGUAAUCACAUCAAGGGGACUAUUGCUGCAUUCGGAGGAGCUAUUGGGUCUGCAUGUACUAUUGUUGUCCUUCGCAAGAUGGGGAAGAGUGUCCAUUACUACCUCUCUGUCUGGUACUAUGCCGUCAUUGGUUUCAUUGAGUGUGUCAUCACUGUCUCCGUCCUUGGUGAAUGGGCCAUUCCAUUCUGUGGCCGUGACCGCUGGAUGCUGCUGUUGAUUGCUGUCUUUGGCAUUGCCGGCCAGGCCUUCCUCACGAAGGCCCUGCAAAUCGAGAAGGCUGGACCGGUGGCCCUGAUGAGGACCAUGGAUGUUGUGCUGUCAUUCUUCUACCAGUUCAUUUUCUUUCACCUUACGCCGACCUGGUGGAGCGUCGGAGGAGCGCUGUGCGUAGUGGUGAGCACCAGUGGUGUGGCCCUUCAGAAGUGGUUCAAGACGUCUUGCAAGAGCUCAGCAGGACAAGCAGCAUAAGAUUACAAUGUAUUAUGUUAGCUUCAUAUGUUUUCAAUUUAUUACGCAUUUACUCUCUUUUUACCUGCAAACCUGUGAGGGGUUCUAAGUUGUUUAGGAAGGUGACACAACAGAAUUAUAGAAAAAAAAUAUUUUUAGUCACUUAUGUCAUUUAAAGUUUAGAUCACGGUUUUCCCCAAAAUCUUAUGUACGUGUGUUUGUAUUGUCAUCUUAACCAUGCCCAAAAUCCCACAGUUCUGUCUGUUAGUUUGUAAAUUUUCUUGCUGUAAGCAAAAUGUAGGCCUGAAACAGCUAGCUUUUAGACUCCUGUGACAUAUGUCACAGUAAGUCCAUAUUUGGACUCUGCUCUGUGAGCCACAAACAAUGAGCUGGCCUACAUGGUAUGACAAGGUCACAGCCUAUGACUAUAGCCUUAUGUUCCUUCCUUCUGGGAUUGGGCAGGACAAUCAGCAGAUCAUUUCUAUUUAAAGCAACAUCCAAAAAAAAAAAAUGAGGUGGUUUCUUACAGUCCUGAAAAAAGUUGGUUUGGCUUCAGAAUUUCUAGAGUUUUUUAUUUUUGGCUUAAAAACUUACCUGUUUUUAAGACAUCUGGUGACCUCUCUUGUUGAAUAAGUGGAUAAAUAACCUCUAAUUGCUUGUUUUAUAGAACUUUUUACUUUCGUCCGGUGUCCAUGAAGUUAACACUGAAGUUGACAAUUUAGAAGAAAAUAGACGAUCAAUACCUUCCUGUUGAUAACGGGUAAGGAUGACCUCAGCCCUGUGCGCUCUUUAGUGAUCAUCUUUGAACGGAAUAACCAAAGAAUAAGUGUUACUGCACUUGGAUCAAUCAUGCUGUCACAGACUUACACUCAAAGGUAUAUUAGACCUUAUUGGAAUGCAUAUACUUGGACACUUUAUUGCCAUACAUACUAUGUAAAUACAAAUUGAUGUCUAUAGAAAGCACUAUGUACACCUGUGGUAAUACCAGUAAUUAUAAUAAUAUUUACAAUGAGAGCACUGUAGAAAUUUAAAAGCUGAAAUUUUAGUUCCCCAACUUAAACAGU